AGACUAAAAAUGGGACACAAAGACAAAAAGAAAAGUCAUCACAGAUCAAGGUCACGUUCUAGAGAUAGAGACAGAAGAAAGAAAUCAAAAAAGAAGAAAAGACACUACAGUGACAGUGAGUCCAGCAGUAGUAGAAGUAAUUCCAGUAGCCCUGAGAGACCUAAAAAGUCUAAAAGAGAUAGGUCACCUCCUAGGAAAAGUUCUUCAGCGAUGACACUUGAAGAACUGGAACAAAAGAAACAAGAAACAAGGAGAGAGAAGGAGCUGAUGAAGAGUCUGGAGACACCAGAGGAGAAGAGAGCAAGAAGAUUGGCCAAGAAGGAGAUGAAGGAAAAGAGGAGAAAACAUGACUCUGGUUGGGAUGAUGAAACACUAGGCUAUUCCAACGUAGACAAUCCAUUUGGAGAUGAACGUCUUCAUCAGACAUUUGUAUGGGGGAAGAAGAUGGAGAAAGAGGGCAAGAAACAUCUGGAUAGUAAAGACAUACAUCGGAUACAGAAGCAGAAGAUGGAGGAAACAAAGAGGGAGUUGGAAAAAGUGAAACAGCGUAGAUUGGAGAGAGAACGUGAGAGGGAAGAGAGACAGAAUGAACAGGAACUGAUGCAAAGAGAGAAGGAGGUUGAAUACUACCACAAGUGGGAGAGUCAAGAAGACACAUUUCAUCUGCAACAAGCCAUGCUGCGCUCAAAGAUCCGUAUCCAAGAUGGCCGUGCCAAACCCAUAGAUCUGCUAGCAAAAUACAUCAGUGCAGAGGAUGACGAGAUGGAGCUAGAGAUGCAUGAACCUUAUAGUUACCUCAAUGGCCUAUCAAUUGAAGACUUAGAGGAUUUACUGGAAGAUAUAAAGGUCUAUGGGGAGUUGGAGCAAGGGAAGAAUGCUGAUUACUGGCGGGAUAUCACAAUUAUAACAGAUGAUGAAUUAGUGAAACUUAGAAAAAUAGAUCCAAGUAGCAGAGACUACAUUGGUGACAGGCGGCAGGGUGUUAACAAGUCAGUACUUGGAGAGGUGGCAGGUGUUUUCAAGGGAAAGACCUACAAACAGCUCACUAUGCUAGAGGGACAGAUAAAGAACAAGCUUAAAGGUGGUGAGGGUGUAGAUGUAGGCUAUUGGGAGACAUUACUUGGCCAGUUAAAGGCUCAUAUGGCUCGCACAAGACUGAGGGAACGUCACCAAACUAUACUCAAGAGAAAAUUGCAGAAACUAAAACAGGAGCAAGGAAUAGAAAAUGUAGCCAGUGAUUCAAAUAUUGAUGCCAUUCCAUCGACGUCCAGAGAGACUACACAGCCAAGUAGGCAGGAGUCUUCACCCCCUACAAACUCACAGCCACAACCAGGGGGUAGCAAGGAACAGCAGGAGGAGGAAGGACAAAUGAAGGAAGAACAGGAUGACGAUUCUGAACCUGAUGAGGCCAUACUCACUGUAGAAGAUCUGAUGGAGCAGAGCAUGGAUGAAUACACACUGGCUGGCUACAGUCCUAAACUGGUACGUCAGGCUGACCUGGACCCAGAUGUUAUCAUCUAUGAUCCUGAGGAUGAUAUGAAAAGACUUGAGUUCGCUCGGAGGCAGUUUCUAAGUACUGGUAGUGCUAAACUAGAUGCAGAUGCUGAGCUUGUAAAACGUGCUAGAGAAGGCAUGAAUGAUGAGGAGGCCCAGUUUAGUGUAGAGGUUCCCUUAGAGCAUCAGGCCAUACUCUGGUCAGAUAGAUACAGACCUAGGAAACCAAGGUUCUUCAACAGGGUCCACACUGGUUUUGAGUGGAACAAGUAUAACCAAACACAUUAUGACAUUGACAACCCUCCUCCAAAGAUUGUCCAGGGAUACAAGUUCAAUAUAUUCUAUCCAGAUCUAAUAGACAAGACAAAAACUCCAGAAUAUACUUUGACACCUGAUCCAGCCAAUAAAGACUUUGGUGUGCUGCGGUUUCGUGCUGGUCCCCCAUAUGAAGACAUUGGUUUCAAAGUGGUCAACAGAGAAUGGGAAUAUUCAUAUAAACGUGGAUUCAGAUGCCAGUUUCAGAACAAUAUAUUCCAGUUAUGGUAUCACUUUAAACGCUACCGUUAUAGAAGAUAAUGGAAGGUGUAUUCUCUGAAAUUAUGGAUUGUGGAAUGGAACUACAACAAUAAUUCUGGAAUCAAUAAAUGACAUAAAUAUGCUCAUAAUUUGUGAAUUUGCGAAGUGAGGAGAUGACAACAUUGAAAGCACACACACUCUUAUUUAAAUAUGUAUUUUUGUACAAGAAAUAUAAAUAAAUUGGUUGUAUGUGAAACUAAGCAUGUUUACUAUAUUGAUGUGGGUGAGUCGAUUACAUUUCAGUUUUUGCAUUUAGACUUUUUGAGAUCACAAAAUCUUUUAUAUUCAACAAGAAAGUUUAUACCAAAUCUAUUGAUGAUUGGAUUAUAGAUCGAACGAAAAGGAACACUUUGAGGUGAUUUAGAUUUAUAAGGGUUAGAGAGACUGGCCUUUCAAUAAACAACUUCUCCACUCUAUUUGUAUGUCAGGUUUAUUCAAAUAAUGUGGAAAUAUAUGUAAAUUCAAUUUUGAAGCUGGUUUUUUAUAUUUAUUGAUAAUGCAUAGCAUUGCCACAGCCUCCCGGGCACAGCCUCAAUUGAAACAAAGGAACAUGAAAUUUAUUCAGGGCGUCUCAUACAAGGCUUCACAUUCUUCAAGAAGUCUUAUUAGGGGAUUUGCAUUAUAUGGAAAUAGGUUUUUAUGCACAAGUCUUUCUAAAGCAAAUCUCAGCUGAAUAAGAAGAGUCAUAACUUUGUCCAACAAUGAUUCGUUAUAAAGGUGACUAUCAGAAUUAUUUGAAUAUGAACUUCCAUCAUUUAUGUCUGAAGCUUCAUCUGCAAUGUCAUCAUUUGUCUGAACUUCUUUAUUGGUUUCUGACAAUGCUUCAGUGUUAUCUGGAUUUGUUGUACCACAUUUGCUGAGAUUGAGAUUUUCAUUAAACUGAUCUAAAUCUAAUAGCAUCUCACCAGUGGAAUGAGAUAUAUCUUGUUUUGCCAGGGAAUCCUUUCCUCCAGUAUUUAGUUCAUGAGUAGUGUUCAUUUCAUUCAGAUUUGGAGAUGCGAGAUGUGAUGUUGCUAUGCAGUCUUCAUCUUCUGAGUUGUCAGUUGAGCUAUCAGAGUACUCCACCAAUGCUCUCCUGUUGCUCUGUGUGCAGAGGUUGUCUGAUAAGACAGACCCUUUGUCCUUAAAAUCCUUUAUCAAUAAGGCAUUUUUACCAUCAUUUGUGGCAUGAUUAUAAUUGGUUGUCUGAAUGUCAUUAAUUUUUGAUAAAAUUGGAAAUGAUGAUUUUUCACUUACUUGAUUUGAUUGUGCUGAUAUUGAUGCUGAUUGUUCAGAUACACUUGUUUGUUCAUUUGAUACUGGUAAUUGAUUUGACAUGCUCAACAUGUGUUCAGUUGUCACUGGAGAUUCAUCAAUCAUGCCCAUUGAUUGUUUAAUUGCCAGAUGUGAUUCAUCAGUUAUAUCCAAUGUUCGUUCAGUU